AGCGCGCGCGGAGCGGAACUACAGACGGGACAUCGCGGCGCUGUGAACUCUGCAGCGCGGGUCUGACCUGUCUGUCUGUCCGCUACAGUCUCGUGCCUGUUUAAUCCGCUGAUCUGCGGAACCGGAACCGGACAGCAUGCAGGCGGAGUCCGGGAUCGUUCCGGACCUGGAGGUCGAUGAAGAGUUUACCGAGGAACCGAAAAUUUACUACGAACUGAAGAGUCAGCCAAUCAAACACAGUACGCCUCAGUCAGAUCAGCGGUGUUCAUCUCUCUCCUGUCUCUCUUCGUCCCGUGUCCUCCUGCGUCAACAGUUGAUGCGUGAACAGCUUCAGGAUCAGGAGAGAAGGGAGAAGCAGCGUAGAUGCCACGCCUCCCCAUAUGCCCCACCCACUUCAACGCAAAGCUCUACCCCAUACCCCACCCAGAGUCCUGCCAUUGAUGUCAGCACCCCUGUGGCCCCGCCCACCACUGCACUUGUGCCCCCUGAAGUGCUGAGGGUGAGGACUCAUUUAGAAAACCCUACUAAGUAUCACCUUCAGCAGGCUCAGAGACAGCAGGUGAAAGCGUACCUGUCGACCACGCUCGGCCCAUUUCCCAGCAUGCCCUGUGCCGCUCAGGUCUCUGACCCCGGUGGAAUUCCAUCUGGUCAGGUUAACAGCGCCCCCAACAGCCCCAUGGCUUUACUCACCCUCAGCUCCACCUGUGAGAGAGAGAUGGAUGAUGUAAUUGAUGACAUCAUCAGUUUGGAGUCAAGUUACAAUGAUGACAUGCUGGGGAUGCCGCUGGACCCCGCCCUUCACAUGGCCAACACGAUGCCAUUGUCAGUGAAUCUGUUGGAUGUUUAUAAUAAUCAGAGUCUAGCUCCGCCCACUGUCUCCAUCAGCACCUCCUGCCCCGAGAACCUGCCCAACAUCAAGAGAGAGUUCUAUGAUGCAGAUGCUCGCGUUCUCGCAAAAGAACGACAGAAAAAAGACAACCACAACCUGAUCGAGAGGAGACGACGCUUCAACAUCAAUGACCGCAUUAAAGAGCUUGGCACUCUGAUCCCUAAAUCCAACGACCCGGAUAUGCGCUGGAACAAGGGCACUAUUCUGAAGGCAUCAGUGGACUACAUCAGGAAGCUGCAGAGGGAUCAGCAACAUGCUAAAGAGCUGGAGACCCGGCAAAAGAACCUGGAGACCGCUAACCGCCACCUGAUGCUGCGGGUACAGGAGUUGGAGAUGCAAGCUCGAGCUCAUGGACUCAUCCCCUCGCCUCUCCGCUCUCAGGAACAUUCUGCUCGUCCAAUCAAACAGGAGCCGAUGCUGGGUGACUGCGACACGCCCACAGGAGACCAUAUCACGACCUCUGACCCUGGGGCCUAUGGGGUCAUGGCCAAGACAGCAGGUGCCAAACUAGAUGACAUGCUGAUGGAGGAGACGACGUUGCCGUUAACAACAAGCCUUUCACCAAAGAACAGCAGCAAGAGUAGCGUUAGCAUGGAGGAGAAUGAGCGCACAUGCUAGCACUUUCUGGUCUGACAUCAUCAGUGAUGAGUGAUGUUUUUUCUGAAGACGCACUUCCUGCUUUUCUAUAUUUACACUAGUUUUAUUUUAUAUUAAACACUGUCUCGUUGUUAGCACUUUUUAAGUUUACUUUGUUCUGAAAUUAAUCAGUAGAAUUAAAAGAGAUUCUGCUUUUUUCCAGUUUGUGAUGAUUUGAAUGUGAGUGAUUAAUAGCUUCAUUAAUGUGUUUACUAAUGUAGCUUUAGAUAAACACUGAGAUUAGACACACAUCAAUAACGAAUUCAUCUUCCUCAUCCUCCUCAGCGCAGAGCCUCGCAGCCACACGGCACUUUAACAUUGUUUAUACGAACUGUAGAUUAGACACUGCAGAGACGCACGACUUCACUCACAGGAAAUUGGCAGAAUGUGAACUUUUAGAGCGUUAAUUUAAAUUUUUUUGUGUGUAGAAUUACAUUUUCACUGUCAUAUUUAUAGUGAAUUUAUCUAAACACAGCUAAUUUAACUCAUCUGCUCCUGACAGUGAAGUUAAUGCUCUACAGGAAAACUCUAUUUGAUCGUCUGAUAAAUUAAUGCAAUCAAGUUUAUUUAUUUAUUUAUUUAUGAAUGUAAACUGCCAGUUUUACUCAUUAAAGCCAGGGGGCGGGACUAAA